CUCUCUCUCUCUCUCUCUCCCUCUCUAGUUGAAAAAACGAGAGAGAGAGAGAGAGAGAGAGAGAGUGAGAGAGAGAUGGCGGCGGCAGCGGUGAUGGUGUUGGAUAAAUAGUUUGUAUAAUUCACAGGGCAAAAGGAGAAAGAUUUUAGAGGACGCGGUAAAUGGAGAGCAGUUCAUCACACUCGACGCUUACAUUCUAUGAUUUUCUUGAUAGAAUGCGCAACCCCGCUUCUCUUGAUCUCGUUCGUUCGAUUAAGAGCUUUAUCGUGUCCUUCUCAUUUUACGCCGCCAACCCUGAAAAUGAUGGCAAAAGGCUCCAAGACUUCCUAUUGACAAUGGAAGCUACCAUUAUGGAUCAUCCACUAUGGGUAGGGGCCACAGAAGAGGAAAUUGAUUCUGCAAUUGAGGGUCUUGAGAAGUAUGUCAUGACAAAACUGUUCUCUAGAACAUUUGCUGCUUCUCCUGAGGAUGCAAAGAUUGAUCAGGAGAUCUCAGAGAAAGUUCAGUCAUUACAAACCUUCUUGAGGCCUGAGCACUUGGAUAUACCCCCAGUCCUUCAUAAUGAAGCUUCAUGGCUACUUGCUGAGAAAGAGUUGCAGAAAAUCAAUGCCUUCAAAGCUCCUCGUGAAAAGCUUCUCUGCAUUAUGAACUGUUGCAGGGUCAUCAACAAUUUGCUGCUUAAUGCGUCAAUGUCCGAAAAUCUUGUAUUAGCAGGAGCCGAUGACUUUCUUCCGGUUUUAAUAUAUGUUACAAUCAAGGCUAAUCCUCCUCAAUUGCAUUCCAAUCUGAAGUUCAUCCAGCUGUACCGGAGGCAGGAAAAACUGGUCUCCGAAGUGGCUUAUUAUUUCACAAACCUUGUUUCUGCCAAAUCAUUUAUUGUUGGCUUAGAUGCUGGAUCUCUUUCCAUGGAUGAAACUGAAUUUCAGAAAGGCAUGCAAGCAGCUAGAAUGUCCCACAAGGUGAUACAAGUAGAACCUUCUUCCUCAUUGGAUUAUGUAGGGACCGUAGUGGGGAAAACUAACAUUGAUCCUUCAACAAAAACACCUGAGAAAGUGACUCGAAUGGAGCCCUCUCCCAUCAGGGAUGAGAUGGCUACUUUGAGAGAGCAGGUUCAGUGCAAUCCACCGACUAGAAUAUGUCAUGAGGAAUCCAGCAUAAGUGGUGGGUCUCGUUACCCCUUUAUGGAAGUUGAGGCUGGAGACCUAACUGUUGGAGAUGUGGAGAGACUGCUAAGUUUGUACAAGGAUGUGGUCACGAAGUAUACAGGCCUUUGCAGGACUUUUAGGCAAUAUUUGCCAAAGUUAGGAGAUCCUGCUCUUCUGACGGAACCAAUGUUUUUCAAACAUAGCCCUGAGGAAAUGAAUGCAAAUGUCAACCAAGAGAGAGAACAAAGAAAUUUGUAAGUAUGUUUUGAUGUCACAGAUUUGAAGUUGCUUUAGGUUUUUCAGUUUCAUGCUGCUUGAUUACAUAGACCAUAAAGCAAAAAUAUGAUGGAAAAUGUGUGUUAUUACAUGCUUGGAUACAUUCCAGGAUAUACUAGAUGCUUCUGUUCUUUUAC